AUGACAGAUGCUACGACCAUCACCCUUGUUGACAAUACCCAUCCCGAGAUCGAUUCUGAUAUCACCCCAAUCCUGAGCUCUUCCUUUAGCAGGCCGCCCAGAUCACUGGCAAAGAAAUUAACCCGCAAUUCGGUCCGGGAGAACCUUGCUCGACGCAAAUACGCGAAAUGGCAACAGGAUCGGUAUGAUAACCGGCAGAAUGAGUGUAGCAGAGAGAGCUCUUUGUCAAGGCGCCAGUCCAGCCAGCGCGAACGGACCACCUCCAUCGGACCUUCCAGCACAGCAACUGACGACGCCGAAACGGCUGGUUUAGAUGGAGCGUCGACGGCUACGCGAGGUGAACCGCAGAGUGAGAUUGAUGUUCUAUACGAAAACCAGCGAGGCAUGUUUUUCUUUGGGAUACCCUAUUAUUCGGAAAAGUCGCUCCUUAAUCUGGACCCUACGGCGUGGCUCACAAAGAACUUUGAGAUGAGUCCUGUGGAUAUCACAAAUGCACAGCUUCCCGAUCCCAGUUGGGAGUGGGAUUGGAAAACUUGGUACAUUGAUAUGUCGUACGAUGUGGAUGAGGAGGGAUGGCAGUAUUCCUUCUCCUUUGCGUCGAGGUUUGCCUGGCAUGGAACUCAUCCGUGGUUCCACUCGUUCGUCCGUCGGAGGCGAUGGCUAAGGAAAAGAGUGAAGAAAGGAACCAAGGAACUACGGAGGAUCAUGACCGAGGAUCGAAGCCAAGCGUAUUCUACUAUUGACGAAUUCCUAACUUCACGGACUGCUUCUCGCACCCGGGAACCGAGUAUCUGUAGAGAGGGUACAAGUCAUGUGAGUACGAUACAGCAAGACCAAGAGGAUGUUAUAUCGCCGGAUGAGAUUACAAACCCCGUCACUCUGUUGAAAGCCGUCAAAAGAGCUGCACUUGAUAGAGAAAAAAUAGAAGCGGUGAAAGCAUUUGUGCAUAUGGGAGGCGAAGAGUUGGCCUACUUAGAAGAAACGUUACCAGAAAUUUUGUCACUGCUUCUUUUUCAUACCUCCAGGCGUCAGCUCGCUGAUUUCCUUCUCAGCGCAAUCGAAGAAAUACCUGAGGACACGAAGGACGAAAAAGCACAAAGGAGGCGGAGUAAUCUUGUCAAAGCUGUCGGUGCCACAUACCGCCAGUAUAAAGGCCUUGAAUUCUGGGGCGAUGUCGGCUCUGAGAUUGCUGCAGUGAAAGGAAAGGCGCCUCCCAAAUUCCUAGCUACGGUAGAGAUCAACACACGAACGCUGGGAGUCAACAAACCCCAAUCCUCCUCACUCCCGCCCUCCAUGCUAUCAGGCAGUCGCUACUGCCUGAGAACCGGAAUAUCUACGUCGUCCGUCUCCGAAAAACUCGUUGUCGCCGGCAAUGAACCCUUACUCUUCCUCUACCCCCGUUUUUUCUCAUCCCAAUUCGAUGGCUCCCGUCCGAAGCCGUCAACGGGCGCUUCAAUCCAGGCAUUGGGGGUCAGGAGGCGGCCGAAGCUGCUAAGCAAAGAUAAUCUAAGGUAUCUUAAGCGCGAAGCACCGUCGAGACGUUCGUCACAGCUUGCGGUUUCGCGCUGCUGUUCGGAGUCGGAGAAUGGAGCUCUCCCGGUUAGCCCUCGAAAGAAAGUCUGGGGUCAGUUCUCGCGUCCGACCAAAAAUACUAAAUCGCAUACGCCUCGGGAUGAAAGCGACUCGGCAAAUGUGCCCGGGGAGAAGGGUUUAACCGACUCAGCUUACGACAUUGACGGCCAGCAUACUCCUUCUGCCUGCAGACGGUUGGCCUACACCGGGACUCGACAUGCGAAUGAUUUACCAAUUGAUUAUAAACAAACUACUGCUGGGCCUAAGAAGACAUCUCCUUGGAACGCAUUUGGCAAGCGUGCGGAGUCGUUACACAAUGGCGACCUGGUUCAGGAGCGAUAUACGCGUGGAGAAAAAGAGAUGGCAAUGUCACACGAAGCGUAUGCCCUCGGAAAGGAGGAUAAAAGCAAUUCCCAAUUGGAUAGCGGAUUCAAACGUGGCGACUGGCACGGUGUUGAGCCUGCCAGUGAAUACCAAGGAAAUCGCAUAUCGGUUAACAGAAAAGGCUCAACCAAAAAGGUAUAUAGUAGAGGGGCCUUUAGCGAACAAUCAGCUGAGUCAAAUGCUGCUCAAAUCGAGCAGCAAGAAGCUUCAGAUUUGGGGAGGGCAGGCAGCGGGUUUGAAAGAUCGUCAUAUGAAGUGCCUAACCCCGGAAACAAAAGGCCGCUUGUGCAGAGAGUCAUACACUCUAAAUGGGCACCGAGCGGAUCACAAUCUUCGAAAAACGUGGCCGAGUCGAAAUCUAAAGGUAUAGCCCUCAAAAGCUUGAGAGGAAAUCAAAACCACAAUGUUACUGAACGCCGAGUCAAUCGAUACAAUUCUACUUCAAAAAGUAAGACUCCCGAAUGCAGGAUUACCAGUCUCUCGACUCGUCAAAGAAAAUCCAUCGGUGCGGCUUCUUCUCAACUGGUUGAUUCCGAUGCCACCAACGAGGUCCCUGAAUCCACCGAAUCAGGCCAUAAGCGGUCCCACUGGCUACGGAUCGUGGAUAUAUUGAAGCACCGCCGCAAUAAAGAGCCAGAAUUUGACCUGGCGGAGUUCAAGCAGUACCUGCAAGUGAUGACUGUGCUUCUCAGGUUAAUGAGAAAUACGACAGAGUAUUCAACUGAGAAAUUUGAAUGCCACAAAGUCAUCCAAUUACAGGAGCAUGAAGUCGUUUACUUAACCGGUGACGACGCGGAAACCUCUUGGGACAUUCCCGUGGUCAGCGGUUGUCGAGUUCAUGUGCUUCCUAGGGAGGAUGAUGAUUUUGGCAGCACGCGCAACGUUCUUCUAUUAGGCUCAUCAAAAGCCAUCAAACUGGCUGAGGAGCAGUUACAAGAAGAAUUGAAGCAUACACAUCGUCCGGGCCUUCCACCGUUUGCUCGUGAGGGCGACAAUUCUAAGACUCCACUUAUCCGUUCCAUUUGGGCUUUCCGAAGAAUGCGGACUGCAGAAGGCGAGAUCGAACGGGCCAUGCGAACUGAAGGCGUCUGGAUUAAUCAAACAUGGCAGGACGCACGAGUUGACGACUAUCCGAUGCCAAAGGUCUGGACGGUUCGAAGCUUUGCAGAUUAUGUGGAAACGGUAACCUGCUUCUUCAACACUAAAGCUCCGCAGCGCGUUGUGUACCCUAAUGGAGAUAUUCACGAGAUCGUUGUCAGAGAUAUUCUGUUUCGACUAUUUGAUAAUCCGGACAAUCGAAAGUAUUUCUCGUCACGGGCUCUGAGUCUUGCGAUGUCAUACCUUCACCAUCAUAGAUUUUUUGAUGACACGCGGGCACUAAUACCAAUUCUUGAAGAGUUUUUGACGAGACGAAGCGCUAAAAGAUUGCUCCAGUCCGCUGCCUCUAACUACAAUAUGGGCUUCUUCAAGCUCUAUCUGGAGAUGUUUGAAAAAUCUAAAAUUCCGCCAGAUGAAUACUAUUGGAUUGCUUUUCUUCAGUCGAUAAGAUCCAAUAUAAUGAGAACAUAUUUUUGCGAUCUGAUCCACAACCUAGGAGCAAUGAAAAAACCGGAUGUGGUCAAUUAUGCUGUGAACAUCACGAUCAACCACAGAUUUCGAACCCAUUUGAGCAAUGGAGGCAGCGGGGCAGACUUCGUCAAAGCAAUGAAUCUAAAAUUCGGAGACAACUGGGUAUCAAUCGCUGCGAUUAACAAGAUAAUAUUGGAGACUACUCUAGCAAGCAAUCUGGAUGCGCGCAACGAUAUACUAAAAUUUUGCUGGGAAAAACAGCUCAAACUAGACACGAUGACGCUAAACAAUGCACUUCUUUAUUAUGUGGAAUCGAAACAUAUCAUGUCGGGGCUCAAUUUUUUCGCAAAAUUUAUCAAAGUAUAUCGGGUGAAAAUGAAUGGUUUGACCUGGCAGUUGCUCUGGUUUUUGGGCUUGCGGCGGAGGUCAUAUAGUCUUUGUCGAGUGAUUUGGAGAUACGCUUGUUUCCUCAACGGCACGACCGGCGGAAUUAUAAAAACAGUUCGCGACAGUCUUGCUCGACCUCUAAAGCUAGACGGCCAUUUGACUGUCGGAGAACGAUGGAUAAUGUAUCUUGGAAAGAUCGUGAUCGGAAUCAUUCCCCAUAAACCGAGACCAUCUGACGAACAUACUACCGACCUAAAGGAAUUAUAUGCAGAAACCGAAGUCGACUCAAACGAAGCAUAUCCUGUCGAUCCUAAGGACGCGACCGUGGACCAUCUAUGCACAGAUUCAAAGACUGGCCCGCCAUUGGAAUGGCGCGUGGCAGCCGCAGAUGAAUUGGUGGAAAAAGACCUACAGGCACGUCGAACCCAUAAACCGUGCAUAGCCCUGGAGGAAAUCCUCCUGCGAGCUCUUAAUCGAGACCUGUUUUGGAGCAAGAGCAGCAAAGACGUUCAUCUCCAACGAGAGGCUGCGCUCCCUGUCCCGAUAGAGCCUAAAUACCAAAGUGGAUUGACAGAGGUGGAGGAGAAGAUGAUCCAGGAGGAAAUUGAAGCGGUUUUUAAACGGUCGGAAUUUGAGGAAUCGCUCAGCUUCGAUGAUGAUUUGGAUGAUUUCCCGGAUCUACAGUAUAAGCUUGUGCCUUCCGGCCCCGAGUAA